GCACUUCAACUCUAGAUGAGGAGGAAAUGGAGCCAGGAGCGAGAGUAAGAAUCGGGGAUGUGAACGAAUGGCUUACGAAGUUCGUGGACCCGCUGAUUGGAACCCGCGGUGGCGGUAAUGUGUUUCCGGGUCCUUGCCUUCCUUUUGGCGUUGUGAAAGUUGGAUUCGAUACCAAUCAAUUGGAAGAAAAUAAUUCAGGUUCUAAUGGAAAAAUAACGGGAAUAAGUCUGGAACUAAAGAUAAGUUCCUUGAUUAUAGGUGUUCCCCAAUAUGGAAUUAUAAGUCAAUUUCCGAUGACAAUCUCGUCUCUGGAAGAUAUAAAUUUAAAUGAUUAUGGAUCAUCUCGUACUUUCGAAAUUUUUAAAGUGGGAUAUUCGAAAUUCGGGUUGGAAUCGUACGACACUGUGGUUGAACUAACCGCAACUAGGAGGACUGGUUUUCACAGAUAUACAUUUCCAAAGGGGAAGAAGGAUAAUGCAAGAGUUAUUUUGGAUUUAAGUAAUGUGAUUAAUGGUGUGGAUGGAAAUUGGAUGAAAUAUAAUGGUGGGAUUAUCACGUCCGUCUCGACAACACAAAUAAAAGGAUUUGGUCGAUACUCUAGCGCGUGGAGUUCUUCUCCUGAAUAUGAUGUUUAUUUUUGUUCUCAAUUCAAGACUCCUGCCAAAUCAUUCGCAACAUUCUGGUCAAAUGAGAUCUAUCCCGAUUCUACCUAUCAAGUUGGUGUGAACUCGAUAGGCGCCAUCCUGACAUUCGACACAUCGAAAGAAAACGUGAUAUUGUCAAGAGUUGGAAUAAGUUUUAUAUCGGCGGAAGUCGCGUGCAGAAAUGCAGAGAUGGAAGUGGGGGAGGAUUGGGAUUUUGAAAAGAUAAGAGAGAAGGCCGAGGCGAGUUGGGAAGUUGAGCUUGAAAAAGUUGAAAUUCACGGAGGUACCAAAGAGAUGAAAAAAAUUUUUUAUAGUGGAUUGUAUAGAAGCAUGCAAAAGAGGGUAGUAGACAUCGCCAGAUCUUUGAUCGACACUUACCAUAACGAGGGAUUUAUGCCUGAUGGCAGAAGCGGGAUGUACAAUAGUAUUUCGCGAGGAGGGUCGAAUGGAGACAUGGUGUUGUCUGAAUUAUUCCUUAAAAAGCUUGGAAAAGGUAAAAUAAACUGGGAGCUGGGCUACAAAGCAAUGUUAAAAAAUGCGUUUGCUGAACCAUGGUUUCGGGGAUCGAAUGAAGGACGGUUGCUCGUAAGGUUUUAUAAGAUAUAUGGAUAUAUACCUUUAAUAACGCCACCUGAGUAUGAGAUACGAUACAGAGAACAGGGAGUGUGCAGUAAGACGAUGGAGUACGCAAGUGUUAAAGGAUUUAUAUCUCCGAUAAAUUUGAACGGAGAAAGAGUUGAGAGUCUUGAUAACUUCUUCAAAACUUCGAAAUAUAUUGCAUUUUACGACGGCUCAUCCUGGGAAUAUAGCUUGAACGUCCCACACGGUGGUCCAAAGGAAUUCGAAAAAAGAUUAGAUCUCACAUUUUCGAGUAAAUCAUAUGACAACGAUUACUUCAAUAUAAAAAAUGUUCCAAGUUUAUUUCACCCUAACUUAUAUCACUACAUUGGAAAACAAUACAAAAGCAUACACGUUAUAAGGGAUAUAAUGAAAAAGAAGUUUGGCAGUGGAAGGGAUGGAUUGCCUGCAAAAAAUCUAACUGAGCGGAAUAUUUACAUUCAAUCGGCAAAAUUAAAUAACAGGGUAUUGAGAAAUACCUGGUUUAGACACAGCGAGAUUGCCAAGGGUGGGAUACUCGAAUUGGAAAUGGGCGGAGAGGUUUCGAAAAAUUGGGGAGUCCUUGAAGACGAAAACGAAAGAAAGGCUGGAUUUGGUGAAUGGUUUAGUAAUGUCAAGACCAGUCCACCGCCAAGUCUUUCUGACAUUUAA